AUGCACGCCUUCCAGGUUCUCGCUGCCAUCAUCAUCGGUGCUGGAGCCGCGGCCAUCGACAACGAAGCUGUCUCCGCUGGGCCUCUCACCGACAACACAGUGCUCAGCCUCACGAAGAAAUUCAACCCCUGGGAAGAGCUCAUGAACAACACCGGAAAAGCUGGUCCGGUCCUCUUUCACGACUCUUUCGCCCGCGAUAGAGUACUACAAUUCAACUGCGACCACCGCGGCAAGCACGGCGAGCAGAUUUGUUGCCGAAACGAGAAUAACCUCGUCGACUCUGAAAACGUCGGCAUUGCAGGCUUCGACUUGUGCGAACGCCAGGGCCGCAAGAGACACGACAAGUACGACGUGAAGCGCCAUGGAGAUUACUCUGCAACUUACAUCGGCGAGGGUGGCAAGAGCAAGAAGGGGCUGCUUAUCUCGGAGUGUCACGAUGCCAUGCAGGAGAUCAUCGAGGUCUGCGAGAGACCGGUGGUUGGGAGCGCAACAAAGAUGACCACCGGCGGCUUCGCCAAGAUGAAUGACUGGGCUUACACUGUCAACAUUCCACUCGAUGGCGAGAGCCCUUCUUGA